UUGGGUAGCCGCCAAUUCCACGAAUAGCUGCGACGCGAAACGGAGCGAGGGCCAGUCUGCACCCAGCGGCACCAGCUCCCCACACCAGGUGACGCGCAGCAAGCGGUGCAAUGCUGUACAUGGAGGAGUGCGGGGCGUGCUCACUGCCAGCGGCCGCCCAGACAGCAGGCGUCGUCUCUCUGAUAGAAGCUGCUGCCUUUGUGACAGCAUCAUUCCUCCUUCAGGACUGCCCGCUGGGUGCUGUUGACCACGAUUUGGGGCCAAUGCGAGCGCAAGCCUUGUUCAUCACGCAGAUCGUGUCUAUCGUGGUGGCUGCCCUGGCGCUCAUUGCAACCGUUCUCCUCUUUAUUGGAGUGCAUCUGAGGUCCCCCGGGCUGCUGGUGCCGUGGCUGGUGCUGAACGGGCUGUCGGUGCCACUGGUGGUGCUGGCGGCGGUGCUGUUCGCCGUAUUGGCUGGCCUCGGUGAGGCCUUCCUACUGAUGACAGCCAUUCUCCUCGUCGGCAUUUGUGUCUCCUUCCUGCCAGCCUUCCUGGUCUACAUCGUGAUGAGCACUCGCUACGAGUUCCAGACCGUGCGGCUGAUACGCUAACCUAUCAGCCUCCAGCACUCACUUCUGUGUUCGCGACUCACCUGCUGGCUCAUAUAACCUACAGAAAUGCAUUGCGGCAGAUUUCAGCAAGACAGCCUUUUGUGUAAAAUUAACACAACUGAAACUGACGGUCUCAUCAAGCUGAAGGAUACAAAUGGUAUCUGACAUCAGAAAUAUGGCCAAAUCUGUAAAACUGACUUAGUUUUGUGCUUUUAAUUUUUCUUUUCUUUUUCAAUUGUGCAACAAUUUUAUAUUAAUGACUACUUCUGUCGAUUCCAAAUCUCUUCCAUUUCUAUACAAUAGUGCCAUAAUUUUUAUGCGACAGUUUCUUAGUGACGUAUCUGGUUGCUUACCUCAGAUAUCAGCAGACAUGCUGUAGCUGACGAGCUGAUUACUCGUGAUAUAUAUUUAUGUCUCCUAGUAAGAUGGAGAUUCCCAAACAGUGCAUCAAUAAAAAUAAAUAUACUUUAAAAACAUCAAUUUAAUUAAAAAUUUAAUUGCAUUUUGCUAGAAAGCUAUAUUACUAUAAAUGUAUGACAGGUAAAUUCUAAUUAAAGGACUGAACUUACAUUAUGUUACACAAGUUGCCUUAUGCUUAGGAAAUGUGAUUUGCGGAAAAAUCCUUAUUCUGCUUUCAGCAGACAUACUGAAUAUAAUUCCUGCAUAUUUGCUACUUUAA